AUGCUGGCCAAAUGUGGUCAUGAAAAUUUUCCGGUUGAGAAUAUUAGUGCAUAUUUCAAACCUUCAUCUAUUUACAGCAAGAAGGUCCAGGAUUUUCUCAACAGCGACCAAACGGAGGAGAUGGAAAUUGACCGCUGCAAUGCAUUCAUGAGGCGACUGCUUUUCCAAGAACUGGGAGCGAGGUUCAAGGAAGAGGUGUUUGUGGAAACUAAAGUACUGGAGAAUAAAGAUAGGGUGUUAAAAGUGACACGACUCUCAUCGGCCGACGACAAGAAGAGUCGCGAUGUGGAGAAGAAGGAGAAGGAGUGGGAGGAGUUUGAGGAUGCUAUCGGCUUCUCCAAAGUGGCAAGGAUGAUCAGUCAGUCGGAAAAACUGGUGAUUGGACAUAACAUGCUGUUGGACUUGUUGCAUACUCUCAACCAUUUCUUCCAACCAUUGCCGUCAGACUAUGCGUCAUUUAAGGAGUUUGCACACUGCAUGUUUCCCAGGAUAUUGGACACAAAGUACAUGUCGAGCUUGCCACCGUUCAAGGACAAAGUGAACUCGAGCGUGCUUCAGCAUCUGUUGGCAACAUUGUCUGAACCACCAUUUGCACUGCCCAAAAUUACGUCGCUGGACGGGCGCGGCUACGAGCACCUCGCGGACAAGCAGCACGAGGCCGGCUACGACGCGUACAUCACCGGCGUGUGCUUCCUGGCGAUGCACGCGCACCUCGCGCGCAUGCGCGGCGAGCGACGUUGCCGCAUCGCGCCGGACGCCGCGCUGCUCAAGCCGUUCCUCAACAAGGUGUUCCUCGCCAAGACGGCGCACCAGGACUCGCCGUACAUCAACCUGGCGGGCGCUGACCCGGCACCGUCCCGCGAGCACGUGUUUCACAUCACAUUUCCAAGGGAAUGGCAGCGAUCUGACCUCAAUCAGCUGUUUAGUGCUUAUGGUCAAAUAACCAUGCAGUUUCUCGACGACACUACUGCACUAGUUGCGUUGUCCCGGCGCGACCUGGCCAAAACGGUGAUGAAGGCAUUCGCCGGCAACAAGAAGAUUAUAUUAGUUCCAUACACUAAAUAUAAGUGUUUCGCUAGCAAGGUGCACACUCCGCUGCCGCGUCAAAAGUCGCUGGAGCGGCGCGACGACACGUCGGACGUGUUCGUCAAAGUGAACACACCUGACGCCGCCCAACAGAGACAAGCAGAGUCGUCUCAAGCUACGGAGUCGCCCGUGAAGCGAACACGCUCGAGCAGUUUCAACUCGCCAACAAAGCAGCCGGCGACCACACGCAAGCGCACCUCAUCGGGCGUGUUUCAGGUUGAAGAGGCGGAACCGCCUCCAAAAAGACCAGAACAUACUCGAGCAGAUUCCGAAAUUUCCAUGAAAUCAGAACUGCGAACCAACGGUCGGCGGAAGACUUCGGAAAGCGAAAAGGAGAAGGCAAAGGAAAAGCGCAAUGAGAAGAAGGAAAUGGAAAGGCAGAAAGAGAAGGUUAUACAGGAUACGGAGCGAAGAAAAGAGACGGUUUUAGAAAGAUUUGACAGUGACAGUAAAACACAAUGUGUAUCAGCUUUUAAGGAAAGUGAUAGUUGGGACUAAGAAAUAAAUUGAUGUGAAUAA